CGUGAAUCCUUGCAGCUCCUAUCUUAGUCCUAUCUUAGCGGGAUCUACGGCAAGCCUUACCUGCCCCCACUACAAAAUGCGUGCAAGUUAUGUGGACCUCCAAAAAUCAUACUAAACAUUUUUUUCGUCCAACUUCAAUUGAGUCUGUUCUGGCCAAGAACGUACUCAUAUGCCCAGGUAGAUUUGAGUAGUAACCAAAGGUAAGAAUAUUCCUAAUAAAUUGGAAAUUUUAUUCAGAAAAACCACGGCUGGGACUCCAUGAUUGAAUCCUACGCGAUGUAUCUAUGGAAUCUCGUUCGUCGUACUAACACUUCUAAAGUCCCACGAACCCGUCCAUCUACUUUAUAGCACCCUCAACCUAAUCGCCACAAUGGCGAAAAGUUCCCGCUCGAGCACGCGCAAGUCGAACAACCAGCGUCUGAAGUCCAAGGUCUUCGGUCCCGUCGAAGCAGCAAGAGCCGAGCGCCUCUCCGCCAAGCUCCUCGAGCUGGCCGCGCAACCCAAACCUCCGAAGCCUGAAGGCGACGAUGUUAAGAUCGUGGAUGCCAGAGAGGAAGAGGCGAGAGUAGACGAAGACGCCGCGGUGGUCAAUACCAAUGAUAACGUCAUGGAUAUCGACAGUGUCAAGCCUACAUCAGCUAAGCGAAGCGACAAGAAGCGCAUCGAGAAACGAAGAACUAGGAGCAAGAUUGUCUUCCCUAAGUACGGCGAUAAGAAGAAGACGAAGAAGCGCUAGCCGUGAAAACCAGAGGGUCUGGAAAUUGCAUCGAUUGGCGUUUGGUUGUUUUUGGUGAUAGACAUUCUAUACUUAGUCUCGCAAUGAUACCCUUCAUGGAGAAUGUCAUGUGCCGUCAUGAAUCUGAUCGCCUGCUGUCACAGUUGUUGUAACCGUAGUCGGAGUUGGAACCGUAGGAGUUGCUGUAGCAGGUACAACUGGAAUCGCUGGAGAUGCGGUGGAAACCGGAGCAAUAGCUGGAGCAGGGUUGGAAGAUUUUCCUGAGAACUCGCCCAGUACUGGAGCUUGUAUUGGAGUUGGAGUUGGGACCUGGACUGG